AUGCACGAGACAGAAAUCCUCAUUAGACGCUUGCCAGACAUCACACAGCUCCUUCUUACUCUCCCUGUUUCAGGUUAUACACAGCAGAUGGUUUACAAAAAACCCGACUUCUCAUACGCUGCUUACAAAGACCGGCCAGCAAGCACUUGGCUGACGGCGUAUGUGGCGAAGGUCUUUGCCAUGGCUAAGAAACUGGUGCCCAUUGAAAACCAAGUUAUCUGCGGGGCGGUGAAAUGGCUGAUCCUGGAAAAGCAGAAUCUGGAUGGAGUCUUCCAAGAAGAUGCCCCCGUAAUCCACAGAGAGAUGGUUGGAGGGUACAAGGGUACUGAGCCUGAUGUCUCUUUAACGGCUUUUGUGCUGAUUGCAUUGGAAGAGGCCAAGGACAUCUGCAAGGAUCAAGUCAACAGUUUUGAAAGCAGCAUCUCCAAAGCCACUGACUACUUAGCCCAAAGGUACCAGUCUCUAGUCAGACCUUACACUGUGGCUCUUGCAUCCUAUGCCUUAGCCAUGGUAGGGAAACUGAACACCGAGAAGACACUCAUGAGAGCUUCAACAGAUGGAAAUCGCUGGGAAGAGCCAAACGCCCGCACCUUCAAAAUUGAGGGCACCUCGUACGCCUUGCUGGCCUUGCUGAAAAUGAAGAAGUAUGAGUUGACUGGUCCCAUAGUCAGAUGGCUGAGAGAGCAGAACUACUAUGGAGGAGGAUAUGGAUCUACCCAAGUGACGACCAUCAUGGUGUUCCAGGCUCUUGCGCAGUACCAGAUAGACAUUCCGCAGCACAAAGACCUGAAUUUGAAUGUUACUAUUCUCCUGCCACGCCGUGCGAGUCCAAUAAAGUACAACAUCUUAAAUCACAACGCUCUGGUGGCCCGAACAGCAGAGACCAAAUGGAAUGAAGACUUCACUGUGAAGGCAGAAGGAACUGGACAAGGGACCUUAACCGUAAUGACAAUUUAUAAUGCAAAGCUACAGGAGGAUGAAUCUCAGUGUAAGAAUUUUGACCUGAGGGUAUCGGUCGAAGAAGCCCGGGGCGUUAAGAAGCCAGAAGGAGCCAUGCGUUCAGUCUAUAUUAAAAUCUGCAUCAGGUUCCUCGGUGUGGUUGAUGCCACAAUGUCCAUCAUCGAUGUCUCCAUGCUCACUGGCUUCUCACCAGACGUGGAAGAUCUUAAGAGACUUUCCCAAGGGGUCGACAGAUACAUUUCCAAGUUUGAAAUCGACAAAGCCCCAUCCGACAGAAGCAACCUCGUAAUCUAUGUGGACAAGGUUUCUCACAGAGAGGAUGAAUGCCUGCAGUUUAAAGCUCACCAGUUUUUCGAAGUUGGUCUCAUUCAGCCGGCAUCUGUCACAGUCUACGAUUAUUACACCAUAGAUGACCGGUGCACCAAGUUCUACCACCCGUCUAACCAGAGCGGGCUCUUCAAUAAGAUCUGUUAUGGGGACAUCUGCCGUUGUGCAGAAGAAAGCUGCUUCAUGCAGCAGAAGACAGAGGAUCCCAUCACUCUGAACAAGCGAAUGGAGGAAGCCUGUGAACCUGGAGUGGAUUAUGUGUAUAAGACCAGGCUUGUUAGCAGUGAAGAAGCGGGCAGUUCUGACUACUACAUCAUGAAAAUUUUGGAAAUCAUUAAGGCAGGUAAGAGCUCCCCUUCUACAAUCAGGGUGCAAUUUCUCCGAAUGGCCUUUGGGAUGAAGGCCGGCGUAAGAGCUAUUUCUCUUAGCCAGAGAAAGUGCUAA